ACGCUGAAGCGAAGUCGCGUCUGUUCGCCUCUCUGUCCGCGAACUCGCCCCGCCCCCUAAAUCCAGUCUCAUAUUUAUCUGCGAACAUCCCGGAGAGUUCAGACGAGAGAGAACAUCCGAACUGAGUAUCCAGAAAUCUGCAGAGAAACAGCCGAAUAAUGAGGUGAGGGGGGACACUUUAUUAUCAGUGUGUGUGAAGAGCAUGGAUGAAUCUAGAAAAUAAACAUCAGUGUGGACUUAGAGAGGAUGAAUAACUAUGAAUUAAUCUGAUUUAAUAUUCAUGUUUUUAACUCUGAGGAUGAAAAAUAACUAUUUGUACUGAAGUCCGUGUCUGCUAUUUAUUCUAGUUAUAACUGGUCUUUUUUGUUGUAACAAAGUUAUUAAAUUAAUUUAUAUUAUUCAGAUCUAUAAUAUUUAUAACAGUGGUUCUCAACUGCUGGGUCCCGAACCAAAAAUGGGUCGCGGACAUGUCCUGGAUGGGCCGCAAACACAGACUGUAUCUAAAAUGGACGCCAUAAAGGUCAUAAACCCCGCCUCCUUAUGGCGAUGUGGACAAACUUUAUAACUUAAUGACACAGAAUAUAAAUGUUUCUCCCCCCUGGUUGUGAUGUUGACAUGUAGUUACUGUCAGACUGGUUUGUGCUCAAGUCCUCUUUUUUUCUGUACAGCUCCAUUUUUAAAAGUUAUUAGGGGGUUCAUGUUUUCUAUGAUUGACACCUGAUACAGCCUAUGGGCGUUCAGGGAUUGCGCAGCUACCGAAUGUGCGCAUCGCUACUGCGCAGCGCUGGUUUCAGGAAAUGAAGAAAAAUCCCGGAAAUACAGAGCUAUUUGGCUUCAAAUCCUUAAACUGGCGGGAGGCGGAACCAAGUUGUCCAUAGUAUAUACAGUCUAUGGUCCCAGAGUGAGACCAGUUGAGAACCGCUGAUUUAUCAUGUUAUAAUCAGAAAUACCAGGUUGUGGGUGGAGGUGAAGGGUGUUUUAAAAUCGCUCUUUGUCUUCUUAAACAGCGCCUCCAAGAGUACGAAGAAGCUAGAGUCCAAGCUGAAGGCUCUGCAGUGCCACUUCACCUGGGGUCUGGAUCCUGGCAGGCCCAAACUUUUGCGUCUGACAGACAAGCUGGAGGACAUCGGCACAGAGGAGGGAAACCCGUGGCUGAGUCACAUUUACAACCUGCAGGGGUUCAUCCAGUUCAAGCUGGAGUCAAAUGAAGAUGCCAAGAGUUUCUUCAACAAGGCUGCAGACGUCCUGAGACAUGCAGAUGAGGGUCCCGGGUCCAUGGUGAACUAUGGGAACCUGGCCUGGCUGCACCACCACCUUGGAGAUGAAGCAGAGAGUCAGGCUUACCUGUCAAAGGUAGAUGCCCUGAAGAAGAAACACCCACCUCCAUCCCAGAGCGAGCUCCACCCAGAGAUCUACGCUGAAAAAGCCUGGACUCUGAUGAAGUUCAACGCCCCAAAAAAGGAGCAGGCAGCAGAAUACUUCGAGAAGGCCAUCAGGAUGCAGCCGGACAUGGUGGAGUGGAACACCAGCUAUGUUCUAGGUCUGGCGUCUUCCCAAAAACACAGCACCGCAGGGGGGGAGGCUGACCUCUUGAGGAAGAUGAGAGCUGCGAAGGAACAGGAUCCGGAGAACCUGUACCUCGCUGCUGUCUACCUGAUGCAGCUCGCCAAGAGAGGGGAGAAGAUUGAAAGCGAGGCCCGUGAGUUAGGAGACCAGAUCUUGAGGAAUCCUGUGAGCAGCUACAGUGGAUUAAAGCCCUUAAUAAGAGUUCUCUCAAACUACGUCUCUGUGGAUGAGGCCAUCGAUCUGGCGGAGAAAGCCCUGCGAGCUCAUCCUGAGGAGCGUUACCUGAAGAGGUGUGCGGCCCUCUGCUACAAAUGGAAGAUUCUGUUUAACCGGAAGACUCGUCCGAGACCGGGCAUGACCGAGCGAGCCAUCAGUCUGCACAGGGAGGUGGUUUCUCUCUACCCCAACUCCUCAUUUCUCAAGAAAAUAGAUCUCGCAAACAUGUAUGCCAACUCCGGCGCCGGCAUGGAUAAAGCUGAGCAGAUCUUCCAGAAACUUCUCCGCAGGGACCUGGAACCUGCAGAGAAACAGGUGCUCUACAACCAGUUUGCAAAGUAUCUGUUCCACACCAAAAAAGACCGCCAAGGGUCGAUACAGUUUCACAAGAGAGGUGCAGAAAUACCAGAGAAAUCCUUCUUCCGUAACGACAGCAUUAGAGCUCUGGAGAGAGUCAAAGACACGACGACCUGGAACCGGAGGUCCAAGGAAAUCGAGGAGUUUCUGGAGAAGCUGCAGAAGUAGAGCUCUCCUGAAAACACGGAGCAGGGGUCGUUAAGUUUACAUCAGGAGUGGGACGGUUGGUUCAGAUGAUUCCCUUAAUUUCCGUUUCAAAUCUUUGUUUUGGCUCCAAAAUCUCACAGUUUUGAUUUUAAGAUGACGUCUGUGAGCUCCAUCAUACCGCAAACAUUAAACUACAAUCCUGAGCCAACAUCUUCUUCUGAAAGGAGAGAAGAAGAAAGUUUGAGAAGUUCUGGGUGUUUUCACAUAUUUAGGUUGAAAUCUGGGAGAUUCUGAUGACUUUAGCUUUCACUCUCAAACAAAGGAACCUUCGCCUAUCCGUAACACAAGACCGGUGUGUUUGAGCUUUUUUACUGCAGUUUUUUGAGCCCCUACUGAUGAGUGGAAAAAAUCUUGGUGACGUCAAAAACUUUUGCAGAUUCCACAUUUUUAGAAAUUAGACACAGCUAUAAUGUUGUCGGUAUCUGGAUGACUUUUUCUGUUGUUGUCAUUCACUGUCAUUGUAAGUGUGUGUAGGUCUAAAUGAACUUUGGAUCAUUGUUAUUAGAUGUGUAUUUGAUGGAGAUUUGUUAAUUAAACAUGUCUGUUUUUAACUUACAGUGUAAACUUAUCUCCUAAAAAAUAUUUUAAAAUACUGAUUUAUUUAUAAUCGAUUCACGAUGUUCUGGAUUUCUCUUCUGGACAUGUGGGUAUUACUUCAGACGGAUGUCACACAAAGUGUUUGGUUGUUUAUUUUCUGUCUCUUUGGUUAAAUUACCCGAUGAUGAUGAUUUUAUCCCUCUAUUUUUAAGAUGGCUUCUGUUUGCCUGAUGAAGCUCUAGAACCAAAACGUUACAGAUAAAUGAUUUAACUCUCACAAAAACACGUCGGUGUGAAGGUUUGAUUUUAAUGUGUGAAAUUAAAGUUUUUAAAAGUUAAA